GUUGUUUGGUUUAUGAAUUGUUCAAAAAUCACGAAAAAUACGUAACAGUUUCCCACCAUGUUACCCGUCAAACACUCACGAUUCCAAUUUUCAACUAACUCCCUCACCUUCUCAAGUCUUCCCGAGGACCUGAACUAGUCAAGAUUUCUUCAAUCACGGGUUUCUAUGAGAUGUCUCCUUUGCUGUAUUUUCGCGGCUGAGGAUUACGAAUUGACUAAUUGUGGAAGUAUGUGUUUCUGAGUGAGUUUUUGAAGAAAUUGGCGGUGUUUAGCUGAGAUGACUAGUGUUUUUAGAAGUAUUCUGCCUGGUUCUUCCUCGAAGAACGAGGAUUUCGAUGAUGAUGGUGGUGGUGAUGAUUUUAGUGUUGAGUACUCCUUCGCGAUGGAGUAUAGUGGGCCGCCGGUUAGUCAUGAUAUUCCGCAGGUUGUGCCCAUUGAUAUUCGCCGGAUUCCGACCGCAUCCGUGGCGGCUAGGGCUGUUGUGUUGAAGGAUUUCUCCGUACCAGUUAUUCAUCCAGUAGCCAAAAGUGAUAAGUCUAAGAAGAAUGUGUUAGGGGAGUCGAGUUCGGGUUCUGAAGUGGCUGAGCGUUCUAGUAAACUUGCGAGGUCUGGGGGGAGGGUUUAUUCGAGGAAACUGGAGAAGGCUUCGGAUGCGGAAGUUGCACCGGAAGCCAGAGACGGAUAUGCUAGAAAGUCCAAGGAAUCGGGUGGUACUCAAAGUUCGAGUGAUGGUAGUAGGUUACCUGAUGAUGCGAGUCACUUGUUAGGAAGCUCGGGUGUUGAGGGCAUUGACGAUGGAUUUAUUGCUGCUGUAACGUAUGAUAGAAGUCCCCAUUCCAAGACGAUGGAGGUUUCUUCCGAGAAUUCAUCAUGCGAUGAGAGUUCUGGUCCAGGCAAUAGAAUGCCUGCAGUGACUUUUCGUGAUUCACCAUCUGUUGACUCGGUCUAUCAGGAGAGUGAUGAAUAUGAGAAUGCAGAUUUCCCAGAGAGGCCGGUGGCAUUCAAUGAUGGGAAGAAAGGUUCGUGCUAUAAGUGUCAUAAAGGGAAUCGGUUUGCAGAGAAGGAAAUCUGCCUUGUUUGUGGUGCAAAGUAUUGUAAAAAUUGCCUGCUCAGAGCAAUGGGUGAUAUGCCAGAAGGGAGAAAAUGCAUCACCUGCAUAGGAUACCCGAUUGAUGAAUCAAGAAGGGGGUCGCUUGGAAAGAGUUCUGGAAUGCUGAAGAAACUGCUAGCCAGUGAUACAGUCAAUAAAAUUAUGAGCUCUGAGCUUUCGUGUGAAGCUAAUCAGCUACCGUCCCAUCUAAUAUGCGUAAAUGGCAGGCCUCUCUCUAUUGGAGAGUUGGUUAAGUUGCAAAGAAGCCCAAAUCCUCCAAAGAAGCUCAAACCUGGAAAGUACUGGUAUGAUAAGGUUUCUGGAUUCUGGGGAAAGGAAGGAGAGAAACCAAGUCAGAUAAUCACUGCCGAGCUGGCUAUCGGUUAUCGAAUUGCUGAGGAUGCUAGCAAUGGGGACACAAAUGUGUUGAUAAAUAAUCGGAGGAUCACUAAAGCAGAGCUCUGGAUGUUGCAGGCUGCUGGAAUCAACUGUGAAGGAAACAUUCACUUUUGGCUUACAGCAGAUGGAUCCUGUAUGCAUGAAGGAAUGAAUAAUACCUUGGGCCAUCUGUGGGCGAGGAAAAGGGUCAAGAUAGUAUGUGCUGCAUUGUCUCUGCCAUAUCCUUCCGAUACAUUAUUCUCUGACGGUGUAGAAGUUGACAAAGCUGCAGCUGUUGCAAGGGAUCAGAAAAUGAUGAACAAAAUUCUCCUAGUUGGUUGUGACCAGUCUGGUACGAGCACCAUAUUUAAACAGGCCAAGAUUGUAUAUGGUGUCCCAUUCUCAGAAGAUGAGAAACAGAGCAUCAAAUUUGUAAUCCAAAGAAAUGUAUACAGCUAUAUCGGUCUUCUGCUUGAGGGGCGUGCUCGUUUUGAAGAAGAUUAUAUGGUUGAGAUGAGGAGACAACAAGUGGAUGAACCUGGUCCUUCAAGUUCAGGAGACUCUGGGUCGGUCGACGAAAGCAAUAUAUAUUCACUUAGCAGAAAGCUGAAGUCAUUCUCAGAUUGGCUACUUCAAACCAUGGAUUCCGGCAACCUGGAGCUCAUAUUUCCAGCUGCCACACAAAUGUAUUCGCCUUUAAUUGCAGAGCUGUGGAAGGACAAAGCUUUUCAAGCAACUUACAGCCGGAGAAAUGAACUACAUUCACUGCCAAAAGCUGCUAACUACUUCUUAGAUCGCGCUGUUGAGAUCACACAAAACGACUAUGAGCCUACUCAAAUGGACAUCUUGCACGCGGAGGGGAUAACCUCGUCCAAUGGGGUUGCAUCUAUGGAGUUCUCCUUCCCAAAAUCAUCUCUUGAUUGGUACAUGGACUCAACGGAUCAGAAUGAUUCGGCAGUGAGAUAUCAACUCAUCAGAGUUCAUCUAAGCAGCCUCGGAGAGAACUGCAAGUGGUUGGAGAUGUUCGAAGACGUGGACCUAGUCGUGCUGUGCGUCUCCUUAACCGACUACGACGAGUACCACGAGGACAUAAACGGCGUCCGUACGAACAAGAUGGUGGCGAGCAAGAACGCGUUCGAGAGCAUCGUCACGCACCCAACUCUCUGCGACAAGAACUUCCUCCUCAUCCUGAACAAGCUAGACCUUCUCGAGGAGAAGAUCGAAAACGCCCCGCUAAAGCGAUGCCCGUGGCUCGAGGACUUCAACCCGGUGACCAGCAUCCAGCCGCACCGAGCCAACAGCAAGGGCAACCCGUCUCUGGCGCAGCGCGCCUUCCAUUUCGUCGCAGUCAAGUUCAAGAGGCUGUUCGCCUCGCUGACGGACCGGAAACUGUUCGUUAUCUCGGGGACGGGGCUGGAGGCGGAGAGCGUCGACAGGGCUCUCCGGUUCGGGCGGGAGAUUCUCAAGUGGAACGAUGAGAUGCAACCGGUUAGCAUGAAUGAGUCCUCUUGUGAGAGCAUUACGAUGGAUCCUAGCGCUUCUACGUAUAGUUGAUUAUUUGGUUUGUGAGUUUUGAAUGUGGAGACAUUAAUUAAGAUUAGGAGUUGUAUAUUUAUGACAUGAUAGAGAAUACAUUUACACACGAAGUUGUAGAGAAAGCAACAUUCUUGUACAUAAUUAUGAAGAUUUACAGAAUAAAAAGAAGAUUGGUUUGGGCUCA